UAUCACUGAAUACUUUGGCCAGUUGGGCCUCAAAUUUGUAUCAUUCAUUUCACUACAUUCUGAAAUCUGAAGAAUUUCGGCAUUUUCUCGUUCAGCGGCUCUGUGCUACAUAUUUGAAUGGAUAACAAUAAUUUCAUUGUUUAAUGUUGCUAAAUUCAGAAAUAAUUAACGACGGACAGACUUACUUUGUUACUUGUGUGGAGUUUAUAAUCACUUAAAUUUUUUUAGCAAAGUGCAUCCAACUCAAGUAUUUUUCUCCAUCAUUAUCCGCAACUCAUGAUCAAACUACAUAUUUAUCAGGAAUUCUGCAACAUAUUUAAAUAGCAUAAAAGAAUUAUAAUUGUUAUGGAUUCUUUUCUAAAAACUGGAAAAAUCAACCAAGAACAACAAUCAACUAGCAGUGGUCUGAAGAGUAAAGAUGAAUCACGAGGAAUUUCUAGUAGCACCACACCUUGGGUGGAGAAAUAUCGACCUCGUACAGUUGAUGAAGUAUCUGAACAGUCAGAGAUUGUGGCUGUACUAAAACAAUGUUUAGAACAAGGUGCUGAUAUGCCUCACUUAUUGUUUUAUGGACCACCUGGUACAGGUAAAACUAGUACAAUAAUUGCUGCUGCUCGCCAGCUGUUUGGAGAUAUGUACAAAAACCGUAUGCUUGAACUUAAUGCAUCUGAUGAUCGUGGUAUUCAAGUUAUUCGAGAUAAAGUUAAAACCUUUGCUCAGCUAACAGCUUCGGACCGAAGACCAGAUGGUAAACCUUGUCCGCCGUUCAAAAUUGUUGUGUUAGAUGAAGCUGACUCAAUGACAGCACCUGCUCAAGCAGCGCUUAGGCGUACUAUUGAACGAGAGACAAAGACUACUAGAUUUUGUCUUAUUUGCAAUUAUGUGAGUUGCAUUAUUGACCCAUUGACGUCCCGUUGCUCCAAGUUCAGAUUCAAACCUUUAUCACAUGACAUAAUGCUAACUCGUCUCGAGCACAUAUGUAAUGAAGAAAGAGUAAAAUGUGCACCUCGUGUGCUGGCACGGUUGGUCGAUGCUUCCGGUGGAGAUAUGCGUAGAGCAAUAACAUCACUCCAAAGCACAGCUAGAUUAAAGGGAGAAGAUGGUAUUGAAGAAGUUGAUGUUCUAGAAGUUKUUGGCACUGUGCCAGACGUCUGGUUAGAUCGUAUGAUAGAAAUGGGUCGCAUGUACGACUAUCAAAAAAUGGAUGGUUUUGUGGAAGAUUUAAUAUUUGAGGCAUAUUCAGCAUCUCAGAUUUUAGAACAAUUGCAUGAUAAAAUAGUUUUUUCUACAGAUUUAAAAGACAAUCAGAAGGCACUCAUUUGUAAAUCUAUUAGUAUUUGUGCCUAUAGACUACAAGAGGGUUGUAGUGAAUAUGUUACUCUUUUAAAUCUAUUAUGUUCAGUUGCGAAAGCAUUAAAAUGUUAAAAAGUUCAUUGUAAUUUUUUUUUCAUUUUUAUUAAAUUCAUAUUUUCAUUUUGAACUAUAAAAUUAUAAUUAUAUUCAUUAGUACAGUUCUGUAUUAAUAUUUUUUUGUAAUUCUCUAUAUUUUGAUGAUUCAUCCAUUACUUUCCAUAAUUACUCAAUGCGAUUCCAUUACAAUCAGUGUUGUAAAAAAAAAGUUUUAAGUAAUUAAUAUAUGAUUAAUAUGAAAUGAUGUAAAUGUAUCUAAUAUAUCACUUACCAUAAACGUACAAUAAACAUCUAAUACAUGAUGUCAUGAUUGCAGCAUACGCCAAGCUCGUAUUUUAAACAAAAAAAUUCAAUAAAAAACCAUUUAGAAUUUCAAAA